GGAACUAAUCUUGGAGACCAAGGAGAAAUCAAGGAGAAUCAGUCAGUGUUCAAAGAGCGACUCAGGAGUAACUCCAGACACACAGAUUUCACUCCAAGUUCAAUAGUUUGAAUUUCAAUCAACUGUUUAGAACACUCUCUUCCAAGUUGCAAACUUGUCUAGUUUGGAACUAUGUUUAUUCCAUGAACCGACAACUUCCAUAGGUAGAAACUUCUAGAGAAAACUGAAGAAAACUUUAUCAAUCAACGUGUAUUCAUCGAUAACCGAGUAAUUGUUUCACUCAUUGAAAUACCAAGAGCUCGAGAGAAAAGUGUGUGAGGGAGAGAGGAGAGUUCAGACUGAGAAAAGACUCCAGACAAAAUGGGUAAAACGGAGAACCCAUUAACUGAGGAAAGUCUUUUAGCCGCUUUCGGAGAUAAAAGAGUAACAGGAAAAAUGACGGCGCUGUUUUUUGCCCUGACGUGGGCGCUGCAGAUCAAUCUGAUUUUUUGUCUCACCUACGAGUGGCCUGACUUCUUGAACAGGAUUCUCGCCAUGAAAGAGAUACUCAUGUCCUGCUUCGCUACCAGCGGUUAUUUUAUACAGCAUGACAUGCUCGUGUUGGAGAACAAACUUAUUACAAGUUAUAUAAAAAACAUCAGAUACCACAACACAUCUCCAGCAAGAGACCGCCUAAUCACAGACACGAACAAGUUCAUAAAAUGGUUCAGUGUGGCCUCCAUCAGAGCUUUCAAGUUCAUGUUCAUAUUCGGCGGAUGUCUGCCAAUGAUGCAAGUGUCCAUUGUGCUGGCAAAGGCCUACUUCACGGGCGCCAAACUUGAAAAUGUGCCUUUCGUUGUGUAUGUGUAUGUGCCUCAACAGUUCAGGACAAUACCUGGCUACUUGACGGCCCAAUUGCUCUGUUUCACCUGGUAUGGGAUUGUCUCCUACAUGUGGGGGCUCACCUACAAGGUGUACCUGAUCUCCACAAAGUGUCUGGAGACUGAGAUGGAUCUGCUGUGCCAAUCUAUGGACGAGAUAGGCUCUAUGUCAGGAAGUGGCAACGAGUCAAUUCUGGUGUACAAAUCGGACACUGAGAAAGUGCAAGGCAAUGAGGAGGAUAAGUUGAGGCAGUUCUUUUCAUCUAUAAUCCAGCAUCAUCAGCAUAUUCUAAGGUCGAUGACAUUACUAUCGAAACACUUGAAGCUUGUGAUUGUUACUUUUAUAAAUAUCUAUGGACUCCAAACUUGUUUAUACAUGAUCUUCUUGAUGAAGAUGAAAGAAACAGGCAUACGUAUGAAGUAUGCUUUCAUUUACAUGGUGAUUAUGGUCAUUAUGUAUUCUUGUACGAAAAGCGGACAAGUCAUAAAAAAUAAGGGAGACGAGAUCCGCAUGGCUUUUUACGAGAGUGCGUGGGUUAAUAAGCCGCAAUGGAUGAAACGCUCUCUGCUGGUGAUGAUGACUAAAGCCAUUGAGCCGGUCGAAUUAAAACCAUUCGGUCUUUAUGUGCUCGAUUUGAACUGUAUGGCCAAUAUUCUCAAAGCGACAUAUACAUAUUUCAACAUUGCCAACGAGUUCCUCAAGUGAUUCUACUGGGGUUUAGCUCUGUUCAGAUCUGUCUCUGAAUAUUCUCAAUGGAUAUUAAUCUUUUGUACAUAUCUCUUCGAAUACUACUCUUGUAAAUAUUAAAAUGCAAGUAGCAA